GCUGGUGUUUGAUAAACACAGUCGGCAACGUAAAUGUUAGAGCUUACUUAUAUUACAUUGAUUCUGCAGGACAUCGCGGACAUGAUAAUGGGGAGUACGCUGGCGAAAUGUGCAGCGACCGACUUAGGCAUUCAGUGGGUCGGAUGGGCUGUCGCCGCCGCAUUCAAGACGGAAAAGUUUUACGAUUUAGCAGGGUCUGGGACCUUCAUUUUAUUAGCCCACCUGAGCCGUGCGUGGGGAGGAUCCGGGUACAUGCGACAGAACGUUCAGACCGGCCUUGUCACAGCAUGGGGACUGAGACUGGGGACAUUUCUCUUCCUGAGGAUCAUGAAAGAUGGCCAGGACCGAAGGUUUAACGGUGUCAGAGACAGCCCAGGCACAUUCUUUGUGUACUGGACAAUUCAAGCUCUCUGGGUUUUCCUCACCCUGCUGCCCACCCUGAUCCUGAACAGUGAGCGCAGAGAUGAGCCAUUGGGGCCGCGGGAUUACAUCGGCUGGGGAAUCUGGGGACUGGGCUUCGCCACCGAGGCCAUUGCUGACCAGCAGAAAUGGUUCUUUAAGCGGGAUCCAGAUAACGCAGGGAAAUUCAUUCAGCAUGGACUCUGGGCAUACAGCAGACACCCAAACUACCUAGGUGAGAUCCUGCAGUGGACAGGCCUGUUUGUCUCGGCCUCGUCUGUUAUGCGCGGCCCACAGUACCUCAGUGCACUGUCACCACUCUUUGUGUGGUUCCUGCUGAGACACGUCAGCGGCAUCCCUAUUCUCGAGAAACAAGCCAUGAAGAAGUGGGGCUCGGACCCAGCCUUCCAAAACUACAUCAAAAACACCCCUCUUCUCUGGCCAUUUCCCAGUUUUUAAAAGAUGUACAACCUGUCCAGUGCUCAGAAGUGCAAAUGGUCUAUAAUCAUAUGUAACUUGGUAGUUAAGGUCUAUCAUAGAAAACCAAAGUGCUAGUGGUUUUUCCCAUAGACUUUUUCCUACAUGGACAUCUGAAAGAAAUGCUUUUUUGAAAGUGUACAGGAAGCACAGGCACAUUUAAAUGGUGCAGUUAUUUUCAUUCAAAUUUAGAAGUCACAUCUAUCUAGAAUUCUAUCAGUGGACUACACAGUGUACCAUUCCUUGGUUCUUUCCUGGGAUUUUUGGAUCUGUAUAUUUUCAGACACUUGUUCUGCACAUACAUACCUCUGACAGUUUUUCUACUAUAAAUAAAUAGGAACUUUUGUCAAUAGUA